GAACGAUGGCCCACGUAAACAACAAGGCGAAGAAGGGCCUCUUUCGGGGUCUAUCUUUCAAGAAGCCAUCGACCAAGUCGAUGAAAAUGGACAGCCCCAACCCUCCCGAAGAUACACCUGUACUAAUAGCCGAACAACAAACGAUGGCCCACGUGAAGAAGCCGAGCCUCUUCGGCGGUCUAUCUUUCAAGAAGUCAUCGAUCAACUCUACGAAGGCAAUGGACAGCCCCCACCCUCCCGAAGCCCCCGACGACAAAAUUCUUCACAUCGUCGAACCCGCUCAGAGUAGCUCAUCGGGCGAGGUGUCAUCUGCCAGCACAAUUCAUGCCCAGGGUUCGAUACCGGCCGGAGAAGUGGAAGCCUCCAAGCCUUCCACCGGUAACCUCUCGGCGGGUGGUGACGAGGAGGUCCACGACGCAGGAGGCGCUAGUUCGGUCACGCCGCCUCUGGACGUGAAGGUCCCUGAGGUCGGAGAGCGAUACUUCGUUGUCUCCGGCAUGAAUUCCUUGCCUGGCGAAGUGGCGGUCAACAGCACGUCGGCACCCACAAGACCUGCGCAUGCCUCGAAGCCACCCACGGGCGGGCGGUCUGUCAGCGUGAAUUGCGGCGAAGGCUGA